AUGCAUGGCUUCGCGCAAGAUGAGCACGAAGGUAUCUUAGAAAUCUGGCAUUUUAAUAUUCCGUAUUGGCUUUAUUUUUAUAUAGGAGCCUUCCACAAUAGACGCAAGGGACGUCAGGUAUCGUGGGUUAGAAUAUGGGUAGUAGAAUUUGUACCUAUAAGUGAUUCGUUGGUAAUUUGUUGUGAUUGUUGUAAUUGGGUUGUUGGAUUAUUAAAGUUAGGUGAGAAUGGAUCAAUUACAUUUUCGAAUGGUGUACCUGUAUAG